UUGCCAUCGCCUCAGCCCCCGCCGUAGGCGGAGCACCACACUAUAAGCGCUGAGGAGAGCCCGGGCCCGGACCACCGCCACCUCACAGUCUACAGGGGGAGGCCGCCUGGAAUAACCAUAGGCUAUAUUCUUGUUUUGCAGCAGGAACCCCCCAAGGCUGCCCGUUCCCGACAGCGUGCUGAACAUGUUCCGAGACCAAGAGGAAGACGGGGCCGUGGAUGACGUCACAAAACACGGAGGGCGAGUGCGCGCCUUUCCUCAUGAACGGGGCAACUGGGCCACCCACGUUUACGUGCCCUAUGAAGCCAAGGAGGAUUUCUUCGAACUACUUGACCUACUGGUGUCCCGGGCCAAAGCGUACGUGCCCCACCUGGUGAAGAUGGAAAAGUUCCACCUGAGCCUGUCUCAGAGCGUGGUCCUGCGGUACCACUGGAUCACCCCCUUCGUGCAGUCCCUGAAGGAGCGGGUGGCUUCCUUCCACCGGUUCUUCUUGUCAGCUGACCGAGUGAAGGUUUAUACGAAUGAGGGGAAAACCAGAACCUUCAUCGGGUUAGAGGUCACUGCCGGGCAUACACAACUCCUGCAGCUCGUCUCAGAAGUGAACCGAGUGAUGGAAGAGUUUGACCUCCCCACUUUCUACAAGGAGCCGUCGUUCCACAUCAGCCUGGCCUGGUGCAUCGGCGAUGCGACGGGCGAGCUCGAAGGGCAGUGUGUCCGGGAGCUGCAGGAUACCGUGAACGGGUUUGAAGAUUCCUCCGUGUUCCUCCGCGUCCUGUCGGAGCAGAUCCGCUGCAAGUCCGGGAACAGGUUCUUCUCCUUCCCUUUGAAAUGAGAGUCUCGACCGACACCCUCGGGCCAGUCCGAGCUGAGGAACCGCCGCCCUGGCACGGCCCUGCCGGGCCAAAUGGGAGCUCACCCUGGGGUGGCGGGGGGCCCGUUGGGCAAACCCGCUCGCCACCCCCGACCUGCGCCGUUGGAGUCCAGCCACUGAGUCCCUGAGAGGAGGACCGGAAGAUUCUUCCCGACACGGCUAUUUUCCUUCCUUUGUCUCCUCCCACCCACUGUGGAGUGAAACUACAUAGAGCUAUGGCUGGCAGACAAGGCAAGUAGGCAACUUUGUUCAGCCCCAGCCCUCAGGUUUCUGAGGAGAGAUUUUAUGCAAAGUGUGGCUCAUAAAUAAAAUUUUCCGUUCGUUUUCCAUUGCAGCGUGUGCAUCUCGGCCCCUGAAAGGAUUAAAUCCCUUUUUCCUCUGAGUAGGUCAGUUAUGUUGGGAGAAAUUGCAUGGCCCAGGAGCC